CUAACCAUUCAAACUCGCAUCGCCCUCCCCAGAUUUUACAAGUUCUCAACUUUUCGAUCAUAGAAUACAUCAGUGUCAGCAACAACAACACCAACGCCGAUUACAGAGUUCGGUACCCGUCCUCACCGAACCUGCCUCUGUCCUCAGCGCCAAGACAGAUUAGACAAUAUGUUGGCAGCUCGCGACCAGGAAAACCUGGCCUUCAGUCACCAGGCUGGUGCUGCAAGCAAGCAACAGAACCAGGGAAUACGGGCUCUGCAGCCGAAAACACCAGGAGCCCGGUUUCCGAAAACACCAGGGAAAGUCCCGUUGAACGACGAGAAUGCAAAUCCGGGGUUUGGAGGUAAAAGCGUGCUACGAACGAGGGGGAACGAAAACAUACCAACUGCUGGAAAAGGGAAAUCGAACCUGGUCACACCUCUCGAGUCCCGAACCUCCCGAGCACCUCUCGGUAACAAGACCACGAAUGCCAAGGCUCGGGCUGGACCUCUAGGCGGAGUGAAGGAUAUAGUACGAGAGUUCGAAAAGACACAGCCCAAGCCCACGACUGCUAGACGACCCAAGCAAGCUGCUCCUCACACGGAACCCUCGAGACUGGAAGUCCAUAAUGACAAGGCCGGCCCUCUAGAAGAGGAGGAGGAUGACAUUGAAUAUGCCCCUCCAAGACCGAAAGACAUUCCCUAUCAAUCCGAUGUCCUCCCGGAGGGGGCCAUGACAUUUGAGGCAUUGAAGCCGGAAAACAUGCUCAAGGGCUAUUAUGACUUCUACUUCAACCCUGUCGAUGAGAAUGGCGUUUCCCCGAAAGAAAGAGAGAUGGAAGAGCGGAGACAACGCGACCUGAAGAAACUGGACGAGCAGGUCCGGAAGGAUAUGGACGACUUUGACUGGAGCGUCGGAGAUGUGCCUGGGAGUAAGCAGGCCAAGAAGACGGGAGCCUCGAUGACAAACUCGACAGCCUCGACAACCCUCCUGAAGUCGGAUAAGAAGGCCCUGCGUCCUCUUUUGAAGCAUCCCUCUACCAUUGCCUCCCGAAAAGCCGCUUCUGCGUUAUCCAUUGCCCCGAAGGCUGCCACGAAUUCACAGGCCAGGAUAAACAAGCCUGCACCUACAGCGGCAAAGGGCCCAUCCUAUUUGUUUCCAGUUCGAAAACCAGCUCAGCGGCCAGUUCUUACGAGAGAGUCAUCGGCUGAGAGAGCGACAGCCGUGGCAGCGUCAAGAAGCACCCUGGGCUACAGCAAAGGGAGAACAACAUUGUCAACUAUUCAUAGCCCCGAUCCGCCGCAGCCUGCCGGACGAAGCUUCACCCGGUCCGUAAGCACAGCAUCUUCCGGGUCCGAUACGACAAUCACGCCGACUCGCUUUGCCCAGAGUCAAGCGUCAAAGACUGAAAACGGGGAGUUGAAGAAGCUGGAAUUUCUAUCCAUCUUCGAUGUUGACGAGGACGACGACGGCAACCUAGGCGGAUCGGCUAUGCCGCAUGACGACGGGCUUGAUGAUGAAUUUAAGUUGGACUUGGGGUUCUAGAGGCCAGUCAUGGAUUUAAUCUGGAAUUUCCAGCUCCAUCAUGAGCUACCUAUAACUCAACAGAGGCCCUGGCUUGUAUUACAUGCAUGCGUUUACGAUCGGUGGAUGUAUAACUUGGCGAUUGGGCGUUUGGGGCAUACCACUUUUCAGAUUGGCCAAGACUCUCCUUUGACUGGGUUGGAACAGGGAGGAUUGGAAUGUGACAAACUGAAGUCCUUUGGGAAAAGGGGUUGCGAAUGAAUCGCUGCUAAGAGUUUACGUCUCGUUUUUGAAGACGGCCUUAGUGUUACGGAUAGACUUCCCAGCUUACUGGGAUUAUCAACACAUUCUUCCCUAGUUGAUAUGAAUAUAGUUCCAACAAUGCCGA